AUGAGGAAGAACAGUGCCAUAUACAGGAUCCCAUGCAAAGACUGCGACAAACGAUAUAUAGGACAACAGGAUGGAAGCUCUCCACAAGAACACAUGAACAUAAGCUCGUUACAAAAGGACACGAUCAAUUUUCUCUCAUCCCCGUGCACACAAAUCACGCACGAGUUCGACUGGAGUGACGCUCGCACAUUGGCUGAAGCGGGAGCGAAUAAUCUGCGCGAAUUUAUGGAAGCGUGUUACUCCACCGAAGAAGCUAUCAACAAGCAUAUUGGAAUUGACCCUAUUUGUCGACCGGGAGGAGCAAGAAAACACAAAAAAACCACGGUAUCCCAGGGCGAUAAAUCUGCAGUGGUGCGAGAAUUAGAUACUCCGUUGCCGUACAGCAUGCUGGUACCAGUUCUUCGGUUACAAAGAAGCGAAGAAUCUGGUGGUUUGGAAUUUGGAAGGGACACAAAGAUAGGAAUUACGUUGGUCCGACGUAGAAUUUGUUACAGACACGGAAGAGAAUUUCUGGAAUUAUGGUACUCCACGGCAGAUUUGAUCAACCGGUGCAUCGAAAUGGAUCCAAUCUACGCACGUCUACCUGCAAAAAAACCAACAUCUCAACCGGAACACUCAAGGAGGACCGAAUAUUGGAUGCACAAACAAAGAAACCAGGAACUCCUUGGGUCUCACGCCGGGGAUCGAAAGGACAAAGGUUACUCCAGCAUCGAACAGAUUACGACGGCAGGAGAUGCCAAGCUCAAAGUUCAUGUGGGCAUCGGCGAAUUAGAACACAGGAUAACGGAGCAACCAAUGGAACCGCCCGACCGAACAACUAAUCGCGAUCAAAGAUCAUCCCCGGCUAGCAGCACGUAUAUUAACACACACGUGACCCUACUCAACGCACAAGCACAAACCCACCGCUACGUACCACUACGUUCCCCAAUAACACACUGA